AUGUUUUUUGGUCAAACACACUUGAGCUUAUGUCUACCAGUGAUGUCGUUGUCGUCCGAUGUCGUAAAGUCUGUCCGUGUGGUGCGUGACUGGUUAAGAGAUUCUCAGAGAAGUAUAUCAAUUACGAGAAGCAUAGAGGAUGAUGACGGCGAUGGAGAUUGGUUGGACGUGAGCAGUGAAUGGAAGAUUGCCAGUGUAGUUUUUGGUAAAGACGACGUUGUUCACGGAGGAGGAAUAGAUCUGAGUUGGGUGGGAGGAGAAAGAGAUCUAAGUAGGGUCAGAAAUGCAAUUUUGAGAAAAUUGAGCUCCAUUAUUAGAUAA